CCGCAGCGGCGUGUGCAGAGUGCAAGAGAACCACACAGACCAUGGACUGGGCGCGGUGCGAGGUCGCAGUGCUGCUAGCGCUGCUGCACCACGCGGUCACCGUCUUGUCGUCGCCAGCGCCCCUCGCGGCCAUCCACGUCAACUACGCCGGGCCGGCGCACUCCUACUCCGGCUCGUUCUACUCGACAGCUGAGGGCCGACACUUCGCUGGCGGCUCGGCGGCAGGGGGCGGGCCGGAAGCCAUGUGGCCCGUCGGCGUGUUCCUGCCCCCGGAGAACUGGCUGCUGCCCCCGCCGCAGCAGCGAUACGUCUUCCCGCCCCCAGAAGGAGGAGGAGGAGGAGGGGGAGACGCAGACCCGCUGCUGGCGACGGGGCCGGAGGCGGCCGCCGUGCUGCGUCGCGGGGAGAUGUUCUACGGCCGCAUGGCGCAUGCGCGCGCGCUGCUGCGCUUCCAGCGGGAGCGACGGCUCGCCGGCCUGCCGCCGGUGCGCCUGGGCAGCAACCGGCCCGAGUCGCCCUUCUACCUGUGGCGCCGGGCCUCCCCUCGCGGGGCCUAGCGUGAUCCCGUGCGCUGUUGCCAUUCAGUCCUGCACACUGCAAUCAGGGGCGUAGCCAGGGGGCGGGGUUUUAGGGGUUCAAACACCCCUCCCCCCUUAGCACCAAAUCUUUAAUUAAUUUCAUAUUAAAAUUAAUAAUAUUUUUUACUAUUACAAUAUUUAAAUUUAAGUACCGAAAACUGCUAAAAUAUUACUAUUUUACACCUUAAAAUCCAAAUUUUCCCGGGGGAGGACCCCCCGAACCCCCCGCUUUAAUACGUAGGGGGGGGGGGGACAUGCUUCUUAACACCCCCCCAUACACAAAUCCUGGCUACGCCACUGAUUACAAUACAAACAAUGUUAGGAAGUAAAAAAAAAAAAUUAUGUUCGGAUUUUUAUUUUAUCUGAUAAUACGAUCAUUGUUCAAUGUUGCAUCACAAUUUUUUUUUAUAUAUCCAGGAUCUUUCGAUGCCCCAAAUUAAAACAGCAAGCAUCGUUUACCACAGGAUCAAGGUAUUCAGGAUCCUGCCAUUAGGAUCAAGGGAUAGACUUGGAUACGCGAUACGAAAUAUUUACCCCCCGCGUUCUUUCAACUCACUUCUGAGGAGUUUCUGUUCAAAUCGGAGAUUAGGAAAGGACACAUAUGGAAUAUUAACCGCCAGACGUGAACCCAUCCCCCCCCCCUUUUUUAUCCUUUGCCAUUUUUCAUAUAACAAUAUGACAGACUUUUUUUAUAUUUGUAUCAGCUCUUCUAGCCUUCUUUUAUUAUCGACUAUAGUUAAGCUGUUCGGGAGAAGAUAAGAUCAAAAUAUUACUUCUUUAAUGUGUUUAUACAUAUUAAAAGUCCAAAACGAAUCUUUAUAAUACAAAUGUAAUGAUAUGAGUUGACAUUUAUCUCCAAUUCAGCCACCGAUAAAGGUAUAGCUGAUAUAUUUGUAAGCAAACGGCCGCCAUAUUGGUAAGCGUAGUACACUGAAAUCCCCCUCCCAUUUUGGGUUCACUCCCCCUCGCCCAGAAUCGGACCUUAAGCUCCAUUUUAAUGUUUCCCUAAUCUCUGAUUCAAAUAGCGCAAUUUACACUUAACAAAUUUGUUAGUCUAUUCUUAAAAUUCACGUCAAUGUAAUCGCAAUUUACUCUGAAUUCACAUUGGGGUAGUUUCCUAUAAUUCAUCAAUGAUCUUCUAUAAAAAUUAAACUAAAAAUAUUUUAGUUUUGAAUAAUACUUGUCCCAAAAAAAUUAAUUAAUUAUUUUUAAUGUCGCCAACCUAAUCGAACCAACGAAUGAAGUUUACCUAACUGAAAUAUUGCAAUGCAGUUUUACAGAAUCAGAAAAUAAUGUGAGAGGUACUCAAAAAUUGCUUUUUUCAGAAUUUAAUUUUUAUUUAUUUUUCAAAAGAGUACCUACUCGAGAAUAAUACUUCACACAGUAAUUCUAGACAAUUUUACUGUACCAUUUAAAUGUAAUGGCUACGAUCCCAUUUAUUCUUUUACGCGCUUUCAUUUUCCCACUAUUAGUUUUUUAAAGAUGGAAAUAUUACUUUUUGAACAGACACUCCUCUCAUGUUGUUAGCAACUGUUCGUAAAUAAACAUCGCGCGUUACUAUGCAAGGGACGUUUGGGAAACUGGCACAAUUGCUACUACUUUUGAGAACUGUAGAAUUUCAUACAAGUUACAUGACCCAGACUUGACCUGCGAAUGCUUUAAGCAAAUACACUAGAAACCAAAACCGGACAGCUCCAUGCUAUUAACACAGGCAAGCGUGAGAUUAAUAACCUGGCGACAUUCAGCGACGACGUAAUGUAUUUUUGUCAUUAAUUGAUUCUUAAAUAAAUAGUUUUAUGUGGUGACAAACAUUUUAACUUCUAUACAAAAAUCUAAACCACCCUGGUUCAUCUAUAAAAUAAACUUUUAUAGAUAUAAAUAAAAAUUUUGCUAAGAGAAAAUAUUUUUUUCCACCAUUCAAACGUUAUUUUAACUAAAUAAAAUGUUAAUACUUCACAUAUUUUCGGCCAUAUUUUUUUGGACUGACGUAACAACAUUACAUAAAUAAUGAAGUUCCCUCUAUAUGUUUCUAGUGUGUUUGCUUCGAGGUCUUAACUAAACUGAAAACUUUAGACUUGUCGCUUUACAAUGAUCACCGUCAUGUUAAUCAUUACUAAGCGCUUUACAAUUAUUGACCUCGUAAAGUCAAAGAAAAACACCGUUGACUUUAUGAUUUAAAAAAAAAAUAAAGCUAAAUGCAAGUAGUUUGCAGAGAACUGCAUAUUUACUUAUUAAUUUGUUAAAUUCAUUUUGAUAUAAAUAAAAAAAGAUUUAAAAUGUGUUUCAUGUAGAUACUAAAACUGGACUGGAACAAUACCCUGGUUCAUUGACCUCGAGAAUAAACUGCAUGCCUCUCUCUCCGCAUCGUUCAGGCAGAUAUCGCCUCGACGUCUAUUCACUCACUCGAUUGUCUUAUUCCGUGCUCCUUUGAAUGAGGCUUUACCAUUGGCACAGAGUCUUCAAUGUAAACUGCUGGUCAAUAGAAUGACAAGAAAAAAAAAUGGUAAUAGGUUUUUGUCUGUCGCUAAGGCGAAAUCGCUACUUCAUCUGAUCUACCGAACAAAGAUGCACAGGCGGAACAGUUGUUUUUUUUAAAUCCCAAAUAUGACGAAUCAGAGGAAAGAAAAAUACAAACACACAACGGUUUGUAGCUUAACUUACGAACUCUAAACCUUAUAUUUGGUAUUGUGUAACUCUAGAAUAAGCUCUUUCAUUUCUGGCUCAGUUACGCUUGCUUUAACAUCCUCAGCUUGUUAAGGCUUGGUAUUACACGCCAUGUUGAAUUUUUUCCACGGGAUACUUUAUACACCCAUUAUUUACAAUAAUACACUUAGUAGAUAUCUGUUGAAAAAAAUUAUGACAGAACAACAAAUGCAAAGUUAAAAUGUUAGAAAUAGCCUUUAAAUAAAAGUAAUGAUGAUAUAAUAAAAAACAUGGGUGCGUUUAUUUAUGUAUGCACGUUAGAAGUUAUUUAUACUUACUUGGCGUAGUAAAAAAAAAAACUAAAUUUAAUUUUGCAUGCAGAAAUAAUGAAAGGACUGGGAGCAUAUAAUCAAUACGGUUGGUAAAGAAUAAAUUCUAUCAAAUCGAAAUACUUAAAUAAAUACUCCGUAUUCAAUAAUAAUAUGAACACAUGAAAAUUAAUAUUUCAUGUAGUAAAAUAAUCGAGAUACAUUUUAAUUAGUAAAGAAAAUUAAUAAUGAUGCUGAAUGAUUUUAUUACUUUAUUAAUGUAUAAAAUUAUAAUUUUUAAAAUAAUAAUGCAAUAAUAUAAUUUAUAAUGAAUAUAAAUUGUACAUACGGGAACAUAACCUCACUUAUAUAAAUACUCUUAUAUAUACUUGAAAUUGUUUAAAAACUAUUUCUGUCACUAAUAUUUACAGUAAAUAAGUGUAUAUAUUUUUUAACAUAUGUACUAUAAUUCAAUAUCAAUCACUUAAGUAUAAAUUUAAUAUCACAUAUGUAAUUUUUAUUUGUAUUUAGCUUUUUUUUUCAUCCUGUGAAAAUAUUUCGUUGCAUGGUGCGUGCGCAUCGUACAAAUUCACUCCCAUCAAAUCUGUUCAUAACGCGCCUAAAGAAGUAUAACUUCAAAAAUAAAUCAGUAUGGCGUUUGAGACCGAGACUUGAGUACUUGCCGUACAGCAGUGACAAGUAGGCUGUUACCCCAACAGGAGAACGAGUCUCUCAAACAGGCUAUUAGGCGGCGUAGAAAGAAGGAGAAGCGGUUGUUAGGCUCUGACUACUGGCGAUGCCUGCUUGGAUAUUCAGUGCAAACAUUUCUCUAUUGCUUUUGACAACAGAGGGCAUGUGGAUUAUAAUGAUUUCGCUAAACACGCCCAAUCAGUGUACAUUUUGCUGUAAGUUUGCCAAAAAUUUAAAAUGAAAAAUAUUAUUGCAAAAAAAUAAUAUUAGAAUAUAAGAGUUUGUCUGAUUCUAAAUAAUUAUUAAUUGUAGUUUAAACUCAAAAUAAAAUUAACAUCGUAAUAUAUUCCCAUUCGUAAGCAACUUAAAGAAUUGUGGAGUGAAUAAACUGUUGACAUGAUAUUUUUUUACCCAGAAAUCAAAGCUUCUCAGCCAACUGAAAAAUUUGUGGCAUUAGAUAAACAUGGGGUAGCUGAAAGUUUAUUUUGAAAAAUAUUCAAUUAUCUGUAGAUGACCUACUGAACAUAUGCUAUAAUUUUUUAAGUUAAUCUAAAAGAAGUUUAAUAUUUGGGUUCUAAAAACCUAUAAAAUAAAUUAUAUCUACAUGACGUAAUAAGUGGGUGAAUGUCUAGUUUGUACUGAUUUUCCCUCUGGCGAAUACUAGGGCGUAUUAGGCAUAGGGUAAUACUUUGUUGUGAUUCAAAUAUGACUGCUUUUUUACUGGAAGUGGUCAAUGGAAUGGAACAAAAUAAUUUGGGUUAACAUUACAAUGAAAUUUAAUUUCGAUUUAAUAAGAGAGAGUGUUGUGAAAGCUGGACUACUUACCAAGAACCAACCGCAUUUUUCUUUGAGUGUUAGUGUUUUCAUCGUAUAAUUUUAAUGUGAAUGACUAAAUUUCGAGGAUAGUUUUCUGAUUUUUUUUUUUUUAAAUUUGAAGCCUGUUUGCAACAGUCAAACUUUUGGUUUUAAGUACUGAUUUCCAAAAGCGCACCGUAUCACAUUGGUAGGUGUUCACUCUGUCUUUGAUUUUAAAUUUAUAAUCAGUAAGUCAACAUGUAUAAAUAUGCAGCGUUAAAUUUAAAUUUAAGUAUAAAUGUUUCCAAAGCUAACAUUGUAUAUAUAGAUGUUUUGCACAUAGUAAUGCUACUACACCUUCGGGCAAAUUACUUUUAUGAACUUACUUAGCUACAAAGGUUUGAAUGUGUGGGAGUACAUUUUCAUUCCUUGAAAGAAUUUCUCAGUAGGAAUUUUAUUAUAUAUUUACAAUAACUAACAAGUAAGUAAUUUUUUUUGCGUACGCUUUAACUUAUAGUGGACUUCCUCUAUUUUGCUUGAAAUAAAUAUAAAAAUUUCAAAUACAAUAAAAUGACAGCUUACGCUUUAACGAUAUGGCUUAAGUGUUAUUUGAGUUAGUAUAAACUUUUACACAUAAAAAUGACCCUGACAUGCUAACUGAGCGCAUUUUCACUUUUGUGACUUUCAAGGACUGGAUUUCCGUUAUGACGCAAUAACUCGCAAAACUGAUUUGUGGACGUGAGCUUCCAUACGCACAUUUUCAAUGCUAUAGGAUACAGAAAAGAAAUAUAUCGUGAAUCCCUGAUUGUAUAUGUCUAUUCAUUUUGUCAUAGUUAACAAAAUUUUAAAAAGUGUCGAGAGUUUUUUCGUAGACGUUUCGCUACUUUUAAGUCAGUACAUUUCAACACGAAGCGUUUUUUUAAACGUAUUAUGGGUGUCGUGCAAGGAUUAUCUGUAUCUUACAUUAAAGUAUGCACUUCCUGUUUGUUUACAACUGUCAUGCUUGAAAAUAUUAACUGUGCUUGGUUUUGUUAAUUUUUCGUGGCAUGGUAACACAAGCAUGUUAUAUGUUAUGUUAUAAAAUAAUCUCUAACUAUUUGGUGAAUGUAAGAAACUAGUAAUCGCGUGUAAAUGUUUUAUCUACUGUUAUCUAUUUG